UGGAUAUCAACCAGAACCAGAAGGGUGUGGCAGCAUGCGCAGCGAGCACGACCCAGAGGACGGUGGCUCGAGCAGCGAGAGCUCCGGCGACGAGGACUUGGUGUAUGAAGCCGAGAUGACGGAAGACCAGCAAAAGGCGCUCGACCUUGUCGUUGCGAGCUCGGCUAGCCCAUACAACUACGACCUCCACUUGCAGGCCAUUGCCGCGCUCUCGGGUGAUCCAAUGCUGGCGUCACAGCUCCAGACGCAGUUCGGCCGGUUUCACGAAGCCUACCCUCUGACGCUAGAGCUGUGGCAUCAGUACCUCGCCUUGGCGCCCGAGCAACUUCCCGUUGCGCUCAAGGACUAUCUCCAACCGGCGCUGUACUACAUGUACGUCGACGCGUUGGACGACGACGUUGCAGAUGACAUUGACGAGGCAUGGAGCACGGUGCUCACGGCAUUGGGCUCGCACUGGCGAGAGAGCGAAAAGGUGUACGGUCUCUAUCGGUCGCACCUCCGGGAUACGAUCACAGACGGUACCACGCUCUCUGACCGCCUCAAGUCCAGCUACGAAAGUCAGCUGGCGAUUCCUCUCUUUGAAGGAAGCGAUCGCGUGCUUUCCGAGUACCGCGCGUGGAGCGAGUACGAGUCCCACAACGCGGAUGCGCUCCAGAAGAGCUUGCACUCGAUCUCCUCGACGCUGGCACGCUCCAAGGGCUUGCUCACGGCCAUGGCCGCGUUCGAGUCGCAGCUCGACCAUGCGCCGGACGUUGCGACUCUUCAGAGCGUCUGGCUGCAGUACACAAUGCACCUUGCGUCCAAGCUCAAGAUUGUCGGCUGCAGCAUCCUCCUCAACGUCUUUGAGCGGGCGGUCGCGAGCGUGUGCCUCAGCAGUGUUCUCUGGGAGGCAUAUCUCAACUUUCUGUCCGACCAGCGCAUGUACGGCGCCAUGGUGCAAGUGGCCAUGCGCGCCGUGCGCAACGUGCCAUUCGCUGCGUCGGCAUGGACGUCGCUGCUGCUCGCACUCGAGUGCAACGGCGGCUUUGACGCAUAUGAAGUCGUCCUCGACGAGCUCGAGGGCCGCCAAGCGCUGUCACUGGACCAACUUCUCGUCGUGCUGCUCGCCUACUGCGACACGCGUCGCCGGACAGGGUCCAAGCGAGACCUCGCUGCCGCCUUUGCACGCUGCCAGGGGCUCCUCACCGAGUACCCUGCGGGUGCUUCCAUGCUGCGCAUGUACGCAGCAAAGUGUUUGGUGCCUCCGCCGACACCGUCGGCCUGGACCAAGCACGUGGCGGCGGCGUGGGACACGAUUUUAGCGAAUGACGUGACGCUCGUGACGUGGCAAGCGUGCAUUGCCGAGUGUCUUCGCGCUGGCGCACCGCUCGACGUCGUGCGCAAGUACUACAAGCGCGGGGUUGCAGCAGUCGCCGACUACCCUGGCGCUCUUGCAGAGACGUACGUGCUCUUUGAGCGUGAGAUGGGUGACUCGGUCCAAGACGUCGUCGCCGCCCAAAAGCUCUGCGUCAAGACGCAAGCCAAGCAGGCGGCAGUCGUCCACGAAGCACCCGCUCCAGUAGCGAUCGAGGCUGUCGAGAAGGACGCGUCCAAGAAGCGCAAGCUCGUCGAAGCUGAGACGCAGCGCCAAGACGAGUACAAACGUCAGCGCACAUCGGAUGCCGACGGCCGCACUGUGUUUCUCUGCAACUUGGACAAGGCGACAACAAGCGAAGACCUGAAAGCCCUGUUUGCACCGUGCGGUUCGGUGACCGAUGUUCGUCUUUUGCUGCGGAACCGCGAAAGCCAAGCGUCGCGCGGCAUGGCCUACGUCGAGUUCGAGUCGCCGGAAAGCGUGCCGAAAGCUCUCGCGCUGAACGAGUCGAGUUUCCAAGGGACGCCGCUCAACAUUCAGCCGUCCAAGCCGACGGCAAAGCCCACCAAGGUCGUCGAGCGGGAUGGGGUCUGGAGUACGAAUCCUACGACGCUGUACGUUGCCAAGAUCAACGACCAGGUUGACGAGGCCCACGUCCGAGCCUACUUUGCAAAAUUUGGUGCGAUCCGGUCCGUCAUGAUUCUUGGUCGCAAGAAGGAAAAGGCGGCGUACGCGCUUGUCGAGUACGAAGCCGAGCAAAGCGUUUUGGACGCGCUUGUUGCGGAAGGUCCGCACGUGCUCUGUGACGGCACCGUUUCGCUCAAGAAGGCCCGCUUCAGCGUCGCCGAUAUGGUCGCCCAGCAAGCCAAGUCGAAAGCCAACAUGAAGCCAGCGCCAACCAAGACUCCCAAGCCCAAGGCUCAAAAGUCCAAGGCGAUGCCCAAGCCAGCGACUGCAAAGUCCGACGACGUGGCAUCCACCAAGCCUGCAACACGAAUCGCGAUGCCCCGUUCAAGUCUUGUUCCCCGUGCCCUUCGCGGCCCGCCCGCGCCGGCCAACCUCAAGCCGCGGCCAACGGCAGUCUCGGCACCUGCUCAGACCGAGAUGGCGUUAGCCGCGUCUGCUCCAAAGCAAGAUGCGCCGACCAAAGCCAAGUCCAACGCCGACUUUCGCAAGCUCUUUAUGCAAUCCUAAGAGGAACGUUCAACAUGUUCUUUUGCAUCGAGUUAUAAAACAACGGGCUAU